AUGACGGACAGAUCGUCGUCAGUACCACCACGGCACUCCCGGCAGUCCAGCUAUAGCAUUGCAGACGACAGCCAGGAGGAUGUUAGACGAUCACGCACGCCAAGCAAACAGACCCACCGUCAGCCUUCAAAAUCCACGCUAAGACACAGCACAACAGAGCAGCCAGACGAGGAGACAUCCUCUGAGGAGUACAGACAACCAAAUGAUGAGCCUGAUCAGCCGGAUGACGAAGUACCUAGCCAUGAGCUUACCCUGAAGGAUAGACAGAAUGCCAUCAAUAUCGAACACCCAUUCGGUCUACCCAUCUGGAAACCCGCUCUUUACAAGAAAUCGAGGAGUGUGACCGUGGCAGCAGACAACGCGCUCCAUUCCGAGCCUACAUCGCACCCUAGCAGCUUUACACUCGCUAAUAUAGCCUGGUUUAUAUUAGCUGGUUGGUGGCUCUCCCUCUUGUGCUAUUUUUCAGUAGCUGUUUUAUUCUUAUUCGAAAGGUCAAAAUCUGAAAGCUUAUGGGUAACUCUACUAUAUGAUCUCGCUUGGUACAUUUCCUGGCCAUUUGGAGGCAAGUACGUCGAAGGUGCUGGUCGCGAUCCCGAAUCUGAAGACGAAGAAAACCUCGACGAAACACCACGCCAGACUACCUCUCAGAAUAAUGAGAACACCUCACUUUUAUCACCACAAAGGUCAGGGCGCUUGUCCAGCUAUGGUGCUGUCUUCCAGAACAUAAAUCAGCACAAAAGGUUGCCAGAAUCCGAGUCUAAGCUCUCCCUCUCCAAAUGGGUUUAUUACACGGUCUUAGUCUGCAUACUCUCACCACCACUGCUUAUCGUAUCUGCACUGUCAUUUUUCACAGUCAUACCUAUACCUAUGGGCAAAUUACUUUACGAAUUAAUUGGAUACCUCUACACAUCACCAACUCAAAUUAGGUUUAGACCGGCACCAAAGGUUUUAGUACCUGCUGCUAAUCAAGAUAAUGAAGAAGAACAGACUAACAGGUUUACCGUCCCAAAACUCAAAGCUGGUCAGUCACUUCCACCAUCUAGACAUGGCGAAACUUCCACAGUAUUGCUUUGCGUUUACAAUGCCGGUAGUACUCGCUAUUACAAGUUUACAGUUGGUGGUGUCAACAUCUUCUUCGUCAAUCUCAUGCCUUUAGUUUUCCUCGUCAUAUUGGAUGCAUAUCUCUUGCAACCAUAUGUCGAAAGAAAGGGAAUAACAACCGGUAUUUUAGCAUUAUUGACAUCGAGAGUUCUCUUAUUUGUUUUAUCAUUAGCAUCAGUCAUUCCAUUGUCGUAUUUCAUCGGUAUGGCUGUAGCAUCUAUUUCUGCUCAGUCAAGUAUAGGCGUGGGAAGCGUCAUUAAUGCGACGUUUGGUUCACUUAUUGAAAUACUUAUCUAUUCAUUCGCACUUAUGGAUUCCAAGUCUAGUUUGGUUGAAGGUUCACUAGUCGGUUCCGUCUUGGCAGGUGUAUUGCUCAUGCCUGGUGUAUCUAUGUGUGCGGGAGCAUUUCGUAGAAAAGAACUCAGAUUCAAUGCCAAAGCCGCUGGUGUCACUUCGACGAUGUUGAUUAUGGCCAUUAUUGGCACUCUUACACCAACACUGUUUUAUCAGACCUACGGUAGUUCUCAGCUAGUCUGCAAGGGUUGCCCAAAGAGUAUACCAUUGGAUAAACCAUGGAGCUGUAAACGAUGCUUUUAUCAGCAUGUUGACCCGCACACGGAUCCAUUUUAUCAAGGAAAUGUUAAGCAUCUUAUGUAUUUUUGUGCAACUGUUCUCGUCCUGAGCUAUUUAGUUGGUUUGUGGUUCUCGCUCCGCACACAUGCUUCACAAAUCUGGCAAAAUCCACAACAAUUGAUGCAGCAAAUGGAAGGCGUCCAGAAUACACCAUCACAUGUUUCAGCAAUUCACCCACAUCACCGCGCAUCUUUCUUCAAAAAGGGUGGCUUACCAACAACGAAUGAGCCUCCACAGACACCGAAGAAGGCAUCCACGGCUAGACCUGCAUCAACAACACUUCAGAAACCGGCACCACAGUUACACAUGCAGGCAUCGGCGAACAACAUCCAAAUGAGAGGCUCACAACCGACCCUAAUCCAAAUGCCUUCAAGUAUGGCUGGUGAAGAUUUCUCUAGGGCGAUUGUAGCAGAGGACCCAACUAGACCACCAAGCAUGGCCCAAUCGGUACCAGAAGGCUCAUUAGGAGGUGCACCACCAUCAACAGUCCAACCACAUGAAGACCACGGCGGACAUGAAGCGCCAGAAUGGAGCAGAACGACAUCUUCGACAGUUUUGCUCACUUGUACGCUUCUUUAUGCGGCAAUCGCUGAGAUUUUGGUCGAUGAAGUAGAUGUUGUGUUAGAAGGUGCAACUAUCCCGGAGAAAUUCUUGGGUAUUUCACUUUUCGCGCUCGUACCAAAUACAACAGAAUUCAUGAAUGCGAUGUCAUUCGCAAUUAACGGGAACAUUGCACUAUCUAUGGAAAUUUCUUCAGCUUACGCCUUGCAAGUUUGUUUACUACAAAUUCCAGCAAUGGUACUAUUUUCAGCACUAACAACAAACGUUGAUACGCCCCCUUCAAACGUCUUCGUCUUGAUAUUCCCAAGAUGGGAUGCAAUCGCUAUCAUCUUUGCUGUCUUCCUAUUAACAUAUAUGCUUACAGAGAGUAGAAGCAACUAUUACAGAGGUACAAUCCUCAUUCUUAGCUAUUUGGUUCUAACGGCUGGGUUCUACUUUGCACCUACGCGCUCAAAUGAGAACUUCGAAGAUUUCUCUUCCAGUAGUCUCUCCAAUGAUUUAGUCUGUACAGAUGAGAAUUUAACAUUCUAUCAGAAGACAUUCUUAAGAUUUCAAUCUAUCUUUUUAAUGUAAAUUAUAAUGCAUAUUUUCAUUU